AUGGACGUCAACAGCAAGAUCGUGGUCAUUGGUGCAGGCCUGUUUGGUCUCACAACUGCCAAGCAACUUAUGCUAGAGGGCCACCAGGAUAUCACUGUGAUUGACAGACAUAUGCCCCCUGUUCCCGACGGUUCAAGCUCAGAUAUUUCCCGAAUCAUCCGGUUUGACUAUGGUGAUAGCGACUACUGCUCGCUUGCAUAUGAGGCUUACCAGAAGUGGUCUCAGGAUGCAAAGUACAAGGGUAUCUUCUAUCCAUCUGAAUACAUUAUCGCCGGCUCUAGAAGUACCACUGAAAAGUCAUGGACCGAUAAGACCAUCGCCCAAUUGAAGAAGCGACAGCUGCCGUACACUACACUGCCAGACGCAGCAACAACCAAGAAGCAAUUUCCUAUCCUAACAGGAGAUCUUGCACAGCCAAACUUUGAAGGCUACCUCAAUAAGUCUGGUGGUUGGGCAGACGCCAACAAGGCAAUUAAGCAACUGCGCGAUGAGUGCCUCGAGCUGGGUAUUUCCUUCAUUUCUGGCCGAGCUGGAACUGUUGUAGGAUUUGACAGCGAUGCUCAUGGUGUGAUCAAAGCCGUUCGUAUAGUUGGCGGAACACCAAUUGCAGGCGAUCACUUUAUUCUUGCAGCAGGCGCUUGGUCUUCGGGCCUGGUCCCCACGUACAACUCGACAUUAUCUACAGCACAAGCACUGGGUUUUCUCCGUUUGACCGACGCCGAGAUGAUCAAGUACAAGGACCUUCCGAUCUACGUGAACUAUUCCACCGGAUGGUUCAACUUUCCCCCUCACGAGGACACCAAGAUGCUCAAGUUUGCAGUUCACGGCUGGGGGUAUACCAGAGCACCCUCCACGGGAGACAAUAACGCUGUCGCAUCCAACAUCUCAGUUCCACCUCCAGUUUCGCGAGAGCGCAAGAAUUUCGUCCCCGCUGAUGCUGAGCAACGUCUUCGUGCUGGGUUACGGGAGAUCUUGCCUGAGCUUGCUGACCGGGAAUUGGAGAGGGCCGCUCUUUGCUGGUAUACAGAUACACCCACUGGUGACUUCAUAAUGGACUAUCAUCCCGAUUAUAAGAACCUUUUCGUUGGUGGAGGCGGAAGUGGACAUGCCUUUAAGUUUCUCCCCGUGUUGGGCAAGUAUAUGGCAGCUGCUAUCAAGAAGACUCUUCCUAGUGACCUGGCCAACAAAUGGCGCUUUCAUACCGAAUUUCAGCAUCGUGAAGAUACUUUCUUAGGCGAUGGUAGCCGGGGCGGGCCUGCUCGACGAGAACUGAAUGCGGUUGAAAAAGCAAAGCUGGAUGGGGAAGAAAGAGCGAAAUUGUAG